CGUGACGUCAUGACGCCAGCGCCGCCGCCGUCCCUGCGUUCGCCAGAGUCUUUUUUUUCCUAAUAACCUGGGCGAUAGCUGAUGUUCACACGGUCUGUCUUCUGCCAUGGCCUUGGGUUUAAGGUGCUUCCGCUUGGUCCACCCUGCCGUUUGCAGUUCCCUUGCAGGCUUGACCAGGCCUGUUUCAGAAGUUACGCUGAGGACAGCGAGUGGAAGACAAGAUGACCACAGGCAAUGCAUGGCCUAUCCAGCUGUACCGACCCGGCAUUUUGCUACCAAGAAAGCCAAAGCCAAAGGGAAAGGACAGACCCAAACCAGAGUGAAUCUUAACGCGGCCUUGGUGGAGGGUAUAAUCAGCUUGGAGGAGGUGGAAGAAGAAAUGAAGUCAGUGAUGGAAGCGCUCAAGGACAACUUCAAUAAGACUGUCAAUAUAAGGACCUCACCAGGAUCCCUUGAUCACAUUCCUGUGGUCACUGAGGAUGGGAAGCUUGCUUUAAACCAGAUUGGCCAGAUCUCCAUGAAGUCGCCACAGCUGAUUCUGGUGAAUAUGGCCAGCUUCCCAGAGUGUACAGCUGCAGCUAUCAAGGCUAUAAGAGAAAGUGGAAUGAAUCUGAACCCAGAAGUGGAGGGGACGCUAAUUCGGGUACCCAUUCCCAAAGUAACCAGGGAACACAGGGAAAUGCUGGCGAAACUGGCCAAACAGAACACCAACAAGGCCAAAGACUCCUUACGGAAGGUUCGCAGCAACGCAAUGAAUAAGCUGAAGAAAUCAAAGGACAAGGCCUCGGAGGACACCAUUCGGCUCAUAGAAAAGCAGAUCAGCCAAAUGGCCGACGACACCGCUGCAGAGCUGGACAGGCACCUGGCAGUGAAGACCAAAGAGCUCCUCGGAUGAAAGUGCACUAGGCCAGUUUCCAGUGGACCCCCUGGGUGGCAAAUUGGCAUCUCUGCCUUGUCCACACGAAGGCCGUCACCGUGUACCCAGCAGUCUUUGUGAGGCCCAGCCUUCCAGGGGGACACUGGCCUUGCUCGUUCCCGCCCCCGGUCCCAUUGGCCCCGUUCUGCACCUGGCCUUCUGGCAUGGGUGGGCUUUUUGAGGAUGUCCGUGCUGCCACAUGACUAGGACCACCAGCAGGCUCACCACUGACUGCUCCUCAUCUCAGGAGCCUCCUUUACAAGCAAUUAGUCGGGCCCAGUCCCCAACUUUACACUUUGCUAGGCUGUGACUGAUGCCUUUGCUAUGGGCCCAUUUUCACCGAACAAUAAAAUUAAAAUGAAUGAAGAGUAAGCACAAAGGAAGUGACAGAUCGGUGUGGGUGGAUGAUUGCUAGGGACCUGUGUGUAAAGCAGCCAGGACAAUACUCUUCCCCCUAAAUCAUUUCACACACGCUCUUCUCAGCCUGGACCAUGCCUCCGCUCCCCACUUGGCUGGUCCUGCGCAUCCUUCACGGCUCAGCCAGGCCAGUGCCUCCUCGGAGUCUUCCUCCCCCCACCCCAGGACCCCUGGUGUCAUUCGUCAUUCUUCAGUCUUGGCUCUGUCCUCAACAUUUAGUUGGUAAUGAGAGACGUUUCCCCAGGGUCUGCCUGUUAGUGACAGACAAGCGGCUUGUUGUGACUCAUCUUUGGGUACUGGGUGAAGUUAGUUCCCCACCCCCCAGUAAUUUUUCUUUUAAUUGUUCUUUUGUUCAUUCAUACAUUCAUUCAUUCAUAAUAUAGCCACGAUGAGCUAGAUACAGUUCUAGGCAAUAUUUUUUAUCUUCACAGUAAACUUUCGAGAUGUGUAUUAUCUCUAUUUUACAGAUAGGAAAACUGAGACUUGACAAUAUUGGGUAAUUUGCCCAAAGUAACAGCUGGUAAGAGGAUUUCAUUAUUUACCGCCAGUCUCAUUGCACAGAGAGGGGAGCGCUCAGAGAGGUGCGGUCUCUUGCCUGGUUAUGCAGCCAGCACACGGCAGAGCUGGGAUUCGGGUCGGGCUGAUCUACAGCACGAGCUCCACCCGCAGCAGCCGCCGCCUCGCACACAUUCAGUGAGCACCAGCUGUGUCGGGUACAGUGCCACACGCUGGGAAUACAAAACUGGGCAAGGCGUGGCCCCGUCUGGGAGGGUACCCGGUGCCGGGGCUGACCUGCUGUUAUGUAACGCGGGUGGAAGGCAGGACGUUCAGUCCAGUUCUGCCCAUCUGCCUGUGGAAGGGCAUCCGGUUUGGCUGCAGCAGGGCCCGGCCCGGCCUCGCCCUUCGGAGCAGCAUCGGCUCCCGCACGUCUGACUCCGGGGCAGUGGGGGAGCCCAUCACCCUCCGCCUGCACCGGUGGGUGGGCUGCAGGGCAGCCGGUGCAGACUCGGGCAGCAUUAGGUCCAAGGUGAAAGCAGCUGACACAUGCCCUGCCCUGCCUACCUGUCCUCUGUCAGACCCUGUCCACCAGCCCUGAGUGGCUAUCGCACGACUAGAAGUCAGCUGAAGGGAAAACAGGUGAGAAAGAGCAAUCAAGGAAUCUUCUUUGCGGGUGAGCCACAUAGAGAGGGCUUUGCAACAGUCUUUCGUGAGUGGCCAAAAUCCCCCACUCACUGCAAAUGUGCUUCUCCAAGAUGCAGGAUUUUUUAAUAAACAGAGGAAAUGAUAAAUUAUGUUGUAACUCCACUCCAAAGGCAUUUGGUUCUUAACAGCCAAAUCCUCUGUAGUCUUUAAAUAAACAAAAACUUAUUUGGUGAACAGACGGGGGGGAAAUUGAAAGAUUUUCUGUACUUGGGUUCCACAUGUCAACAAUUUCUCUCCUGUGUGUAUGUUGGCCAAAGCCGUAUAUCAUGAUAAAUGAAUAAAGGAAAGCCUCAGGCCCAGGGCCGUCAGGCAGCUCAGCAAA